CGCGCCAAAUUAAGUAAAACUUUGAUUUGAAGUUGGCUUGUUUUAACAUUAUAAUUUUAAAUAUCACACAUAUCAUUAAAUAAUUAUAAUGGAAGGCUUCGAUGAUCCUGGAGUCUUUUUUUCUGAUAAUUUUGGCGUCGAGGAAAAUGAAUCACAAGAUCAAAUCAACCUGCAAGCCGUAAAGAAAAAGUUCAAAGAAUUUAUUCGACAAUAUCAUACGGGGAAUUUCAAUUACAAAUAUAGAGAUGCUCUCAAACGUAAUUAUAACCUAAACCAAUACUGGGUUGAAAUAAAUAUAGAAGAUUUGUCUAGUUUUGAUGAUAUUUUAGCAGAAAAAUUAUAUAAGAAACCAACUGAACAUUUGCCAGUUUUGGAAGAAGCAGCUAAAGAGUUAGCAGAUGAGCUGACUGCCCCUCGACCUGAAGGUGAGGAGAAAGUUGAAGACAUACAAGUCUUACUGUCAUCUGAUGCACAUCCGUCUAAUUUAAGAGAACUUAAGUCUGAUACAGUUUCACGUCUUGUAAAGAUACCAGGUAUUGUGAUAUCAACAUCAGCUAUAAAAGCAAAGGCGACAAAAAUAUCAAUACAAUGUCGUUCUUGUCGUAAUAUUAUACCCAACUUGCCUGUCAAACCUGGUCUUGAGGGAUAUGUUAUGCCUAGAAAAUGUAAUACGGAACAAGCUGGUCGACCUAAAUGUCCUUUGGAUCCAUACUUCAUUAUACCAGAUAAAUGUAAAUGCAUAGACUAUCAGGUGUUGAAGUUACAAGAGAGUCCGGAGAGCAUACCGCAGGGUGAGAUGCCGCGUCACCUGACGGUGUAUUGCGAGCGUACACUGUGCGAGCGAGUGGCGCCCGGUGCGCGAGUCACAGUACUCGGCAUAUACUCCAUUAAGAAGAUAGCUAAAAUUGGCAAAGAGAACCGGGACAAAGGUUCAGUAGGGGUGAGGUCGUCGUACUUGCGUGCGGUUGGGCUGACCGCGGAGGAAGGCGUGACGGGUGGACUCCGUCCCUUCACCUCCGAGGAGGAGGAACAGUUCCGCCGUCUGGCCGCGUCCCCCGACAUAUACGAAAGGAUUGCCAAGUCCAUCGCGCCCAGUGUCUUCGGCGUUGUCGAUAUGAAAAAAGCUAUCGCCUGUUUGUUAUUUGGAGGGUCUCGUAAAAGGCUACCGGAUGGUCUGACCCGGCGAGGAGACAUCAAUAUUCUGUUACUGGGUGACCCUGGAACAGCCAAGUCCCAGUUGCUGAAAUUUGUGGAGAAAGCUGCCCCCGUGGGGGUGUACACCUCGGGUAAGGGCUCCAGUGCUGCAGGACUUACCGCAUCAGUUAUCAGGGAUCCUGGAAGUCGUAACUUCGUGAUGGAGGGCGGUGCGAUGGUGCUGGCUGACGGCGGCGUUGUUUGCAUUGAUGAGUUCGACAAGAUGCGUGAGGAUGACCGCGUCGCCAUACACGAGGCUAUGGAGCAGCAGACCAUAUCCAUCGCCAAGGCAGGUAUAACAACAACGCUGAACUCGCGGUGCUCCGUGCUGGCGGCGGCCAACUCAGUGUUCGGCCGCUGGGACGACACCAAGGCUGACGACAACAUCGACUUCAUGCCCACAAUACUCUCGCGCUUUGACAUGAUAUUUAUUGUCAAAGAUGAACACGACCAGAAUAGAGAUAUUACUCUAGCGAAGCACAUAAUGUCAGUGCACAUGGGCAGGGACAGCGUAGAGCGGGAGCUGAGCUCUGGGGAGCUGCCGCUGGGCGUGCUGCGUCGCUACGGGGCGUACUGUCGCGCGCGAUGCGGCCCGCGACUCUCCGCCGCCGCCGCGGAGCGCCUGCGCGCACGAUACGUACUCAUGCGCGCCGGCGCCUCGCAGCACGAGCGACAUGCUGACAAACGACUCUCUAUACCUAUCACUGUCAGACAAUUGGAGGCUAUAGUGCGUAUAUCGGAGUCGCUGGCCAAGAUGCAACUAGCGCCGUUCGCGACUGAGGUGCACGUGGCGGAGGCGCUGCGUCUCUUCCAAGUCUCCACACUCGACGCCGCCAUGACCGGCAGCCUCGCGGGUGCCGAAGGUUUCACUACAGAGGAAGACCACGAGAUGCUGUCACGUAUAGAGAAACAGUUAAAACGUAGAUUCGCCGUCGGUUCCCAAGUGUCGGAGCAGACCAUCAUACAGGACUUCAUCAGACAGAAGUAUCCAGAGCGAGCCAUAUUCAAAGUCAUACAUACGAUGAUAAGACGCGGCGAACUGCAGCACAGAUUGCAAAGGAAAAUGUUAUACAGACUGUCAUAAAAUAAAAAAAAUAAAAAUUGUAACUAAAUA